AAGGUGAAAGAGAGACGUUUCGAACGAGCCUACCUUCGAGUCUGGCCGACGUUCGGGGACGGAGCUAGGGGCAUUUGAAUACGAGGACAAAUUCGUUAUAUCUUUGGAAGGGAAGGUCCCAGAGACUCGGGGGUCGGAUCGUUUUAAAGGGGGCGACGAGACCUUUCCGACGACACCGACCCCACCUCUCUACGACUUUCCUGGGCCGAGAUAAUUUUUUCUUUGGUUUUUCUUUAAUUGUUUCCAAAGGGCUCCAUCCCAGGAGACGUCUCUACGACAUUCCUGGGCCGAUAUAGUAUUUUUGUGUUUUUACUUAAAUUGUUUCCAAGGGGCUGCACCCCAGGAGAGUCUAAGUCGAGUCGGGCAGCUCGUGACAUCCAGGGUCUGAAAUAGCAGGAAAAGUGAAACAAUUGACUUUCGGGUCUAAAAAGUCAAAUAUACACGAAAGUCAAUCCGUUUCACUUUUCUAUCUAAAAAAGCCGGAGAAUAGAUAGAAAAGUGAAAUACGGGAGGUUCCGAUCUAUAUCGAUGAGCCAGCGCUCCGCCCCCUUUGCAAGGAGUAUAUAAGCUUAGAGCUCAAGUGACCUCCCCAUUCUUCUAUUUCUUCAUGCUCAAUCAUCUUGUGAAAUUUUUUCAAAAUGUCCAUUGUGCGGUCGUGACUAUGCUCAAUUAAGCCAGCAUCUGAAGGUGUUACACCGCGUGGUCAAUCUGGAGGAGAGACGCCUCCUUCUGGCGCUAGAGUCCGGCCGGGUCAACGUCCGUCAGGGACGUUGCCCCGUGCCGGGAUGCCAGAAGGAGGUGUCGAGAAUGGAUAGGCACCUCUUCUCCCACUCCGAGCUCUCGGCAAAGGCACGCCGGGUCGCCUUUGCCGAGAGCAAGCGGCAGAAAAUAUUGUUGGAGUUGGCAACACUGAGAGCCACGAACCCGGCGGUGCCGAUGGUGUCUUCCCUCGACCUGCGGGGGGAAGGAGAGCAGGCCGGGGAAGGCACCUCGGCCGCCGCCGCCGCCGAGGAAGACGCGGAGCCGCAGGACUGCGGCUCCGAGGCCUGUGCGCGGGCUCGCGACAGGCUGAGGGCGACCAACGCCGACCUGAAUGAUCAGGUCGACGCCCUCACGUCUUCCUUGGCCGAGCUCACGAGGCGCUACAAAAAACUUCUUCGUCGGCAGACGGCGAGGCCGGCUCAGGAAGUCCGGAGGGUGACGGGCAAGCUCCUCGGCGCUCUGGAGGCUCCGGUGUCUCCGGACCGGGAGGAGGCACCACCAGAGGCCACCGGAGACUCUCCUCCGGAGGUGGAAGCUGGUCCCGUCACGCCACCCCCGCUGCCUGAGGAGGAGGCGGAAGAGUCGAGCGGCCCUCAGUUUCCGGACCACGUGGUCGCCCUUAACGAGCUCCUGGCGGAGUUCAGGAGGCAUCACGAGGGGCCGGAACCCAGCCGGAAGCUGAGGGACAACGUGACAAGCAAAAUCUUCCGCAUCAGGGCCUUCGUGGCCUACGUGGCGGAGGGGAAGAGCAGGCUGGCCACGUUGCGGUUCAUGGACGACCCUGAGAGGAUGAGGACGUGGGUGACAAAUCUCAGGGCGUCCAAAAUGACCGAGACCACCUUGAACCACUACCUGAACAACGUGGCCCAGUUCCUCGAUUACAUCCAUGAGACCCCUCCGCCGACCUCCCGCCUGUCCAAGAAAUCCAUGCUGGGGAUCAGGCGGGAGGUCAGGGCCCUGCUGAAGGGCCUCCGUAGAGGUGUUGUCAUGCACCAAAUUGGGGUGAAGCAGGCCAAAGAGGGCCGCGUCAUCCCCAAGGCGGUGCUCCGUCAAUGCCUCUCGGAGGCCAAGAAACGCAUACCGGAGGUCCUGGACCAGCUCGAGAACGACCUCCAGCAAAAGACUCAGUUCUCGUUCUAUGGCUACUUGACGGCCUACUACGCCUCCAUUUACGGGCACCGGCUGGGGGUUUUCCAGAACCUCACCAUCCGGGAGGUGGAGGGGGCCGUCAAGUCGCCUAGCACGGGGGACUACCUCAUAAACAUCUCUCUACACAAGACGAACCGGGCGUUCGGCCCGGCGCAGCUGUCCCUGACCGCCGAGGAGUACGGAUGGUUUCGGCGGUUCCUGGCGCUGCGCGACCGGCUGGUCGGCGGGCCGGACGCCCGCUUGUUCUUUUACACAUCGACACCCAACCCCUGUAAGAACUUGAAUAACUACUUUCAGGGGGCUUGGGUGUCGAUGGGCCUGCCGGGGAAACCCACGUUCAUGGACGUGAGGACCUCCAGGACUUACCCACGUAAGCGCCGGACACACGCCCGUAACACCCACUCGAAGGCCGACCGGGAGAAAGUGUCGAAGUUCAUGUGCCACGACACCUCCACGGCCGACAGGUUCUAUGCUAUGAACCUGAACGUCAAGCAGGCCGUGGAGCACCGUCGGCUCUUCGAGGGGGCGUUGGUGGGGGAGGAGGUCUCGCCAGCGAAUCCGGCCGCCGAGGUAGAAUAA